CUUGAUUAGAAAGAAAAAAGGAUUUUGCAGCUGAUUAGAAAUCUAACGAUUUGGCUGCCAACGCGCUGAAAAAGAGGGAUAGUUUUGACGAAAUCCUCUGCCGGUUAUAUCGAUAUCUCAAUAACCCUAGCGUGUUGGUGAAAUUUCUCCGUAUCGUUAUUUUUUUGGUUGAAAGAGUAGAGAGAAUCUCGUUUAAGUGGAAAAAUGGACUACCAUGAACAUGAUAAUGUGGCUUCUGGGAAUAUUCCUGAAUUUGGUGCAAUCUUUUUUUGCUAACACUGAGAUCAAGAAAGAGUGCUUGCAACGGAAUAUAUUUGCACUACCAUCUUCCCAUACUGAAUUUGUGACACAUGUCAAAGAGGGAAUGGUUUUGUUCCUGUUUGAAACUAGGAAGAGAGAACUCUUUGGAGUUUAUCAGGCAUCCUCUGAUGGCGCAGUGGACAUUAAUCCCCAUGCAUUUAGUUAUUCAGGGCAGCAUUUCCCCGCACAGGUUCGUUUCAGACAAAUAUGGCAUCGUGAUCCAAUCUCCGAUAACGAAUUCAAAGAUGCCAUCAUAGAGAAUUACUUCUCUGCAAGGAAAUUCAACAUCGGCCUGUCUAAAGAUCAGAUUCGCAGACUUCUUUAUUUGUUCAGUUCAAGAAAGAUCAAAAGUAAGAUGCCUGCUGAGCCACGAUCUGAAGCUAUUGUUGAAGUAUCUGCUAAGGAGAGCAGACUGCUAGGUGAUGACAGACAUGAAUUAAGUGAGAGACAAUACAUGGCACCUUUGGAAUAUGAUAACCAUGUGAGCUCAUUGACUAGAGGUAAAGAAGAUGAAUUCUGGAUAGAUAAUAGGGCCAAUGCUGAAGGGAACAUGUAUCCUUUUCCUCGUGAUGAUUUUCUGGCUAAAAGGAGAAGAUUAGGAAAAGAAGGCAGGUUCACAACUAAUGAUGUCGCAGGAAAUGCUUUAUAUGGCCAUGGUUACCAAAGUACCUUUCGCACUGGUUCCCCUAAAGAUUUCUUGGAUGAGAGGAGCACAUUGCGGGAUGACUAUAACAUACGCAGUGGUCGUCAACAGGCAUUUGCAAGUGAUAACUAUGAGACCCUGGCUCAAAGCAAACAUCUGAGUGAUGAUAAUAGGUUCUUGUUAGAUGAUUGUGUGAUAAGAGACUGUGAUACUAAUGUGGAUAAAUCUGUGGCCAUUAGUGAUCAUGACCUGAAUUUAUGUAGGCAGGAAAGAGAAAUGGUAAACGAUCGUGAGUGGUUGAUUGAGAGGAAAUUGGAAAAUAGAUAUCAUUUGGACUGCCGUGGUAGCACUAUUAGUGCCAUUGAUCCUUCUGCUAGCCAUUUGCAUAAAAUAAGAAAAACAGAUGCAACUGGGAGGUUUCAAAUCGACGGGAAUGAACCUCGUUUUGGAACAUGUUCAGCCGAAGGCUUCUCUUCUAAAACUGUUUUACAUCCAAGGCAUUGUGGUUACAGGAUUAUCGAGGGUAGGAAGUACCCAAUUGUGGAAGGAAGAUCAACUGAAAAUAUGGUGGACAAAGUGUCACCUACAGUGGCCACAAAUGCUGGAUAUGUUGCGGAUGAAGACAUUCAAAUUCUAGAUAGUGCAAGGUAUAGAAAGAGUGAUAGAGUAGAUUAUAGAGACCCUAGUCAAACACAUACUGAUCCUGUCAUGUCAAUGAAGUACCCUUCAUUCUCCAAGCCGGAACAAAAUUUAUCUUCAUUUCCUGACAAGUUUCCGGAGGAACAGUUCUCUCAGUUUACCGUCUCCCAUGGUUUCCACCUCUCGCCAUCCAUUUAUGAAGAUGCAACUAUUACAAGGACUGUCCCUUACUCACCUGACUACCCUAACCUUUCUCAUGGAUGCUCUUCAUCAAAGGAAGCUAACCAAAAUUCCACUUCAAUGCAUAAAAACGACCUGCAUGAUAGCUCUUUAGAGAACUUCUAUCCUCUAUCUAGUAAUAGAUUGGAGCAAUAUCCUUCGGAAUCCGAAAAUAUUGGCAGAUCUCAAGAUGCCACACUUGAAUAUAGGAAUAAUGGUUUUCCAACGAGCACAUCAUGCCUCCGGAGUUCUUUGCUUCGGGAAUCUUCCAAUUCUUUUUUAAACCUGGACUUUUGUACUGACAUGGAUCUGAAUACCUCUGCUCCUGUUAAUUACAGAGGUUUGUCUUCAAAGCUCUCUCCACACUGCACUGAUCCUGAAAACUUUGAAGGCCAACAAGGGUUGUUAGCUUAUUACCCCAAAUCAAGAGACCAUGAUUUUGCAUUUGAUAGAUAUCUUCCUGACGCAUCAGAAAAUUGGAGAAAGCAUGGGAUAGGCAUGUCGGCUGGCAUAUAUUCCAAUUGUUCCGAAUCACAAGAUUUGGGCACGGAUAUUUGUCUGCGGGAAAAAAACUUGGCAAUUUAUGGGAAUCAGCACUUCAGAUUCUCUAGAAAUAUGGAUCCCAGGGAACUCCACAAGAGUUCUGGAGCUAAUUCACAGGAAAAGUGUUUUUAGCCGUUUGUCUUCUAAGCCAUCACAGUUUAGUGAAGACAGAAAUGAUAUUGAUCUUAAUCAUCAAGACUGCUAUAUCGAUGCUACAGCUGAUGAACUCAUGGAGAUGUUGAAGCAGGAUGAUAAUCUGUCACCAAGAAAGCUCAGGAAAUCUGGAGUUGUUGGACAACCUAGAGAAAGUGCAGUCCAUGAAAAGGAAACCCAGCGUCAUAUGGAAACAGAGCAUUGUUCAAUGGAGAAGAAAAGGCUGAACAGCGCAACUCAAGCUACUGCAGAUAGUAUGGAUGAAAUCCCUAAAGAGACUCGAACUUUAAAUUUCAAGCGUCGUAGUGAAAGAAAGAAAUUGGUCGGGAUUAGUUCUGGUUCAGUCUCUCAUAGUAGUCCCACAGAUGCUAGAGAAGUGGUCAAAAACUCCACUAAUUCAACUUCAAGACGCAAAAAGCUGGUUAGACCUGCUUUCAGUAAAACUGAUACUGCUAGUAAUGCUGCUGCAUGUGGCAAUGAAACAUCACAGCCUCCUGUUCCAAUCCUCGAAAAGGAUGACAAACAGAGUAGUGAGACAGCCACUAACGUACUUGAAUCUGAGAUUCCCACUGGGAGUACCAAUGUGCUGGCUCCACACACUCGUCAAGUUAUGGACUGUAAUAAAGAACCCCCAUAUUCGAGGAGCAAAAAGACGCAUUCGCUCCUAUAUUGCCAACUCCAAGUGUUGAGCAUGGAAAAGAUGACAUCCAUGUGGGUUGUUCCAAGGUUCCAUGGGAAACAUCUCAACAGAUGAUUCAAAUUUCUGUUGAAGGUGGUUUAGCCAAUGAUACUGAUGGUACUAGCAUCACCAGCUUGGACCUUCCAGAACCAUCUUUUGGAGGGGUCGAACUUGGUUCUGUUUGCAAGAACAGCGAGGAGGUUCCAAGGGAAACAUCUCAACUGAUGAUUUCUGAUAUUCAAGUUUCUGUUGAAGGUGGUUUAGACAAAGAUACUAAUGGUACUAGCAUCACCAGCUUGGACCUUCCAGAACCAUCUUUUGAAGGGGUCGGACUUGGUUCUGUUUGCAAGAACAACGAGGAGGUUCCAAGGGAAACAUCUCAACAGAUGAUUUCUGAUAUUCAAACUUCUGUUGAAGGUGGUUUAGCCAAAGAUAAUGAUGGUACUACUAUCACCAGCUUGGACCUUCCAAAACCAUCUAUUGAAGGGGUCGAACUUGGUUCUUCUGGUUGCAAGAACAACGAGGAGAAACUUCUAAAGAAAAUGAAAAUCAUACUAACUACUAAGAAAGAUGUGAAGGCUGCUUCUUCUUCUCAGUGAAGCCCACACAUGUUCCUUGGUUUUGCUAUGGUUUCCGUUCCUUCAUCUGUGUGCAGAAUCCGUGUACUAAGCAUCAAUUUAUGGAUGUGCCAGUGAUGGAAGCUAUGUCAUUUGUUUCUCUUGAAAGCUACUCCGGCACUGCUGCUGAUUGGUCAGGCUUCUUCCACUGCCACGCUCAUGCCUUGCAAGAUGGUUUUGCUCUUGCAUUCUUCUCUUUCACUUUUUUACUUUUUUGAAUGAUUUUGGUGAGAUGAGGUGGGAUUGAUUAUAUGCAUCCCUCCGCAUAAUCAUCUUGUCAUUCAUUUCGUGUUAAUGGUGAAUUUGCUAGAAUUGGCUGUGAAAUGCACAAUUCAACAUUCCCUGUUUAUUACAGUAGAUAAUUGUGUAGUUACCUCA